AUGUCACGCAAAGGCUUCUUCACCGCAGAAGACGCGAAGGCGGCUUUCAACCUCUUCUGCUGCGUCUACGGCAUUGGAACGCUUGGUAUGCCCGGUAACUUCUCGCGUGCCGGCCCCUUCAUCGCGAUCAUCGCCAUGGCCUUCAUGGCCUUCGCCAACGUCUAUGGCGCGGUCGCCAUUUGCCGUGUCAUGCUGCUCGCCCCCACGUCCGUCAAGACCUACGGUGAUCUUGGAGAGUGGGCAAUGGGCAAACCCGGCCGCUAUCUGUCGGUGGUCUCGCAGAUGGCCAACUGCCUGCUCGUGCCCUGCGUCUUCCUGGUGCUGGGCGGUACCUUGCUGGAUGGCCUCUUCCCGGGUGCUUUCAGCGCGACGACGUGGAUCAUCCUCAUGGCGCUCACGUGCCUACCCGUGUGCCUGGUACCAACUCUUAAGGAAGGAGCUGGCGCUGCUUUCGCCGGCUGCAUGGGUACCAUUAUCACCGAUGUCAUCGGCGUUGCCGUAGUUAUGCACGGCAUGCGUGGCCACCCCAGCAUUCCGAAGCCCGACCUCAACUUCAAACAAGUUGCAGGCGCCUUCGGGAACCUGGCCCUCGCGUACGGUGCGGGCAUCGUGAUUCCGGCGCUGCAGCGCCAGCACAGCGAUCCCACGCGCAUGCCUCGUGUGGUGGGGGUCACGAUGACCUUCAUUUCGGUCUUGUUCCUCAUCCUGGCCAGCACGGCGUACUCGUCGAUCGGUUGCCAGAUCUCAGGUAAUCUCCUGUACGCCAUCUACCCGGACUCCGAGACCGGCCUGACCACCCUGGGCUUCGCCUCGGACUGGGGUAUGGUCGUCCUCGCCUACCUCUUCAUGCAGCUGCACAUUACGAUCGCCUUCUCCGUCAUCCUGAACCCGGCGUUCUACAUUGCCGAGCGUAUUGUGCUCGGGAUGCACAAGUCUCCCGUUGCUGACGUCGAGAACAACCUGCUGAAUUACGCCGACGUAUCCACUCCGGCCGAUGUUACCGAGCGCUCAGAGAAGCAGUCGCACACGUCUCGCGCUUCAAAGCGCCGCUCCUUCAUUUCUGUGGCUGAUAACGAGAACGUCCACCUCGGCGACCCGGAAGCGGAGGCUGCGGAAUACCGCGGCGCCAACGCCAUCAAGUACGUGAUCCUUCGCGUCGUUAUGAUCGCGAUCCUGGUGAUCGCGUCCGUGAUCCUGAAGGACCACUUCCACGACUUGGCCGACUUCGCGGGCGCAUCCUGCAUCACGGUGAACUCGAUCAUCCUGCCCAUUGUCUUCCUCGUGAAGAAGAAGUGGAACGUCAUGCCCAUCUGGGAGAAGGCCCCGGCGCUCACGGUGGUCGUGGUGUGCUUCUGCCUGGGCUGCUAUGUGACGUACACGUCGGGCCAGAACCUGUUCGAUCCCAGCGAUGACGACAGGGCCUUCCCGUUCUGUGCUCCGGAGUUUGAGAAUGCCGUCUACUACAACUACACGGCCGAGCACGAGAGCUAG